AUGCGCACAGGCCAACAAGCAGCGCUGAGCUCCGACGUCAUAGAGCUGCUCGACGCCCUAGGUAUUGAGAAGGCCAUCCUCGCCGGCUUCGACUGGGGCGGCGUCGCCUCGUGUGUUCCCGCGGCAUUGUGGCCCGAUCGUGUCGCGGGCCUAGUUAGCUAUGCCGGCUACGACAUCAUUGACGUGGCGGCACAGCGUACGUCCCUCGAGGCUGUUGCGUGGUACCAGCAUCUUUUCCAGGGCGGGCGUGGGCGUGCGUGCCUCCGGGAGCGCAGGGGGGAGUUAGCCCAGCUUUUGUGGAGUCAGUGGUCGCCCGCUUGGGACGAGGCAGCAAGAGACACGGCUUUCCAGAAGGCGGCGCCGGUGUUUGCAAAUGCUGAUUUUGUUGACGUUGUUAUUCAGACUUACCGGUUGGUACUAGGGAAUGAGAAUGGUGAUCCGGUUCAUCUGAAUUUGGAGGCGCAGCUGGCUCGGAGGCCUAAGAUUCGGGUACCUACUAUGACGCUGGAUGGCACCAAGGAUCCGUUGAAACCUGGCGGCACGGAGUCACAUGCUGAGAUGUCUGAGGGGAGACACGAACGACGGGAGACGGAUGUUGGUCAUGCGUUUCCACUCGAGGCGCCAGUCAUGUUUUCUGAUGCAGUUCUAAAGGUGAAGGAAUGGACUGGUUGGUAA